UAAGAAAAGAUGAAGUUCACAGCGACGGUCCCAACAAAACAAAGGAACGUUAAGAGUCACUUUUAGUAAACUGAAAAUUACACUUUAAAGAUCUUUAAUAUAUUUAUCUUAAAAAUGGCAUCUGGAUCUUUUACUGAUGAGGAUUUCUCUUGUUCUGUGUGCUGCGACAUUUAUAAGGAUCCUGUUCUCCUGUCCUGCAGUCACAGUGUGUGUAAAGAGUGUAUUCAGAAGUUUUGGGAAAUCAAAACAACCAAAGAAUGUCCAGUUUGCAGAAGCAGAUCGCCUAUAGAUGAUCCUCCAGUAAAUUUGGCUUUGAAGAAUCUGUGUGAGACUUUCUUACAGGACAGAAGUCAAAGAUCUUCAUCAGGAUGUGAAGCAGUCUGCAGUCUUCAUGAAGAGAAACUCAAACUCUUCUGUCUCGAUGAUCAACAGCUGGUGUGUUUGGUGUGUCGAGAUUCUAGAACACACACAAAUCACAAAUUCUGUCCUGUAGAUGAAGCUGUCAUGGACUAUAAGGAGAAACUCAGAUCGGAAAUAAAACCCUUACAGGAGAAACUGAGAAUAUUUGAGAUAUCUAGACGGAAUUUGGUUCACACUGCAAAUUAUAUUAAGAUUCAGACUCAACACACAGAGAGACGGAUUAAGAUGGAGUUUGAGAAACUUCACCAGCUUCUACGUGAUGAAGAGACGGAGAGAAUAACAGAACUGAGAGAAGAAGAAGCUGAGAAGAGUCGGAUGAUGAGGGUGGAGAUUGAGAAGAUGAGCAGACAGAUUACAUCGCUUUCAGACAAAAUCAAAGCCAUCGAGGAGGAGAUGAACGCUGGAGAUGUUUCAUUCCUGCAGAAAUUCAGGAGCACAAUGGAAAGAACCCAGUUUAAACUGACGGAUCCAGAAAUCAUUUCAGAAACAUUGAUCAAUGUGUCAAAACACCUGAGCAACCUGAAGUUCAAUGUGAUGCAGAAGAUGCAGAAAAAUGUUGAAUACAAUCCAGUGACUUUGGACCCCAACACCGCUCAACGUAAUCUCAUCGUGUCAGAUGAUUUCACCAGUGUGAGAUUGAGUGAUCAGCCACAGCUGCUUCCUAAUAACCCAGAACGAUUUUCUUGUAAGUGUGUUCGGGGAUCAGAAGGCUUUUCUUCAGGUCUUCACUGUUGGGAUGUUCAGGUUGGAGACAACACAUGCUGGUUUCUGGGUGUGAUGACAGAAUCUGCUGAGAAGAAGAAUAAAAUAUUCUCCAGCAGUGGAUACUGGCUUUUGGGGCAUUUCACUGGUAAAUAUGCUGCAUUCGUUACCCCACAGAAAUCUCUCCUACCAGUGACAGAAAAACUCCAGAAGAUCAGAGUUCAGCUGGACUGGGAAAGAGGCACGUUGAUUUUCUCUGAUGCUCUCACUAACACACACAUACACACAUUCACACACACAUUUACUGAGAAAGUAUUUCCAUUGUUCCUUAUCGGCAGUAACAAUUCUCCUCUGGUGAUCUUACCAACAACAUCUCCUGAAAACAACUCUUGAGAAUUCAGUUAGAGCUGAACAUUUGCCUACAACAGCUUUGAGUUCCUGUAGCGCACAAUAAUACAAAGGAAGAUCAUUUAUGAUUUGGUGGCAUUUCUUUUGUUCUUAUUACUUCAUAUUGAUGUUUUAAUGUUUUUUUAUGGUUCUGCUGGCCAAGAUAUCAGUGCAUUCUGUCAUGAACAUUAAACUGUUCAGAUCAAUAUGCAUGAAGAGUUUUAGAGAACUGAUGUUAAUGAUGUUUUGGCGACUCCUGCUGACUGUAUAGAGCAUAGAGGAGACGGAUUACCAUCAAAAUCAAGAAUUCAUCUCCACGUCACUGACACAAAAUCUUUUUAAAACAUAGUUAAACAUACAUAUAUAAAAGUGAACUACUUUGUUCUAAAAGAUUACAAUCAUUCAGACUUAACCUAGCUGUUUUAUAAUGUCAAUAUCGAGUUCUACAGUCAUGUGAAUUUGAGUGUUCUCAUCUGUGGAAUUAAUAUGACACAAUAAAGCGUUGUAACAAUAAUCGACUAUAUUCAUUUGAAUUUUUUCACUUAUUGAUCCACAAAAAAACUCUCCACCUGCUUUCACAUUUCUUAUUUUUUUUUUUUUUUUUUUUAAUUUGGUAUGCCUAAUUCCCAAUGUGCUCUGAGUCCUCGUGGUGGUGUAGUGACUCGCCUCAAUCUGGGUGGCUGACGACAAAUCUCAGUUGCCUCCGUGUCUGAGACCAUCAAUCUGCGCAUCUUAUUACGUGGCUUGUUGAGCGUGUUACCGUGGAGAUGUAGCAUGUGUGGAGGCUUCACACUAUCCUCUGCGGCAUCCACGCACAACUUGCCACGCGCCCCACCAAGAGUGAGAACCACACAUUAUAGCGACCACAAGAGGUUACCCCAUGUGACUCUACCCUCCCUAGCAACCGGGCCAAUUUGGCUGCUUAGGAGACCUGGCUGGAGUAACUCAGCACGCCCUGGAUUCAAACUCGUGACUCCAGGGUUGGUAGUCAGCGUCUUUACUCGCUGAGCUACCCAGACCCCCUUCUUUCACAUUUCUAAUCUUUUUAGCUCUCUGUUAAAUGUCAUUUACUAACUUAAAAAAUGAAAAAAACUACAUUUUCCUGGCUUGUAUAGCUAAUGUGCAUGCACGUUCUCGAGUUGAUUGACAGGCGAUGUCUGUUUCCAAAAGGUGAUUGGUUCUUUUACCUGUUAGGCGGGACUUUGUUUCUGCAUAUGUUGACCAUUACUCUAAUGCCAAUUUCACCAUUUAAUUUUAAUAGAAGUGGCCCGUCUCUGCUAAAACUAAAAUGAAGGCUCCUGGGGAUCACUAACAAAAGAAUAUUCAAAUAAGAUGGAUAAUAUUAACUGCUCCUCUUCGUUACGAGGGAAAAGAAGUGACGUUAAAUUCAAAGAUAAAAGGGAAUUUUUGUCCAAAGGCCACCCAAAACAUGAUUUAAAAGACCUUUUCACUCAGAUCGAUGGUUAAUUUCAGAUUAAAAAAAAAAUAAGAGGUGAACUUAACGACUUUUACAAUGAAUUUACAGAGAUUCUCAAGGCGGGACGCAUGGAAUUCCUGUUCAAGUAAUGUGGGAAUACACUGAAAAAUAGCUGACCCACCUCCAUGCUUGACUGUGGGGAUGGUGUCGUUCUUGUCAUCACCUUGUCAUCUUACUCCAGACGUACUGCUGACCCUUGGGUCUAAAACCAUAUCACCCUGCAGCUCUUGCUUAGUUGCCCACUAGAGCUAAGCAGGGUUGAGCCUGGCCAGUACCCGGAUGGGAGACCUCCUGGGGAAAACUAAGGUUGCUGCUGGAAGAGGUAUUAGGGAGGCCAGCAGGGGGUGCUCACCCUGUGGUCUGUGUGGGUCCUAAUGCCCCAGUAUAGUGAUGGGGACACUAUACUGUAAAAAGACACCGUCUUUCAGAUGAGACGUUAAGCAGAGGUCUUGACUGUCUGUGGUCAUUAAAAAUCCCAAAAGAGUAGGGGUGUAACCCCGGUGUCCUGGCCAAAUUUUCCCCAUUGGCCCUUCGCAAUCAUGGGCUCCUAAUAAUCCCCAUCCAUUAAUUGGCUGUAUCACUGUACUCGAGUGGUGGUGUAGUGGGCUGAAACACAUAACUGGUAAUCAGAAGGUUGUUGGUUCAACCCCCACAGCCAUCACCAUUGUGUCCUUGAGCAAGGCACUUAACUCCAGGUUGCUCCAGGGGGAUUGUCCCUGUAAUAUGUGCACUGUAAGUUGCUUUGGAUAAAAGUGUCUGCCAAAUGCAUUAAUGUAAAUAAAUGUAAAUUCUCUCUCCUCUCCACCAAUAGCUGGUAUGUGGUGGGCAUUCUGGCGCACUAUGGCUGCUGUCGCAUCAUCCAGGUGGAUGCUGCACACUGGUGGUUGUAGAGGAGAGUCCCCCUAUACUAUGUAAAGCACAUUACGUCUAUAAAACCUUCUUCCAGGACUCCACAGGUCUAUCCAAAUUCCUUGAAUAUUCAGUCAGCUGGAGUCAACAUUUCCAUUGGUGAAGUUUUGCUUUCUUCCACACCCCAAGAAGGUUGCUGUUGUACCAUAUUUAAAAAAUGUAUGAAUGGUGCUGCCAACUUUGUCUAUUGGAAAUGGAAGUGCCUUGGAAGUGUACUUUUAGCCAUGACCUUUCUUGUGUAAUUAAAUAAUCUCCUCUAUUAGCUUUUGAGACAGCUUAUUUUUAAUUGCAUUUUUUGCAUAGAAAUCAUCAUG